AUGACUCUGCCGGUCCAGUCGACAACUCCUCCGUCUUCUCCGUCAGAGGAAGGAUCGGAACCCAUCACGGAGGACGACUCUGCUGUCCUCAUCGCGUCUCCUCUGUCUUCUCUUAAGUUCUCCGACAGAAGACCGAUCGAGAGCAUGCACAGACGAAGACAAUUCUCUCGGUCCUCACGGCGACUCCUCCGUCUUCUCCUCAAAUUGGUGUGUGCUUUCUCCUGA